AAGUGUUAAAGGGGCUGAUCAAAAGAAGACGUGUUAUCAAAUUUGAGCCAACAGCAUUUCGGCUUCUAUAUUCACUUAUAAUCUGUGCAUGUUUUUCUAUAGAUAAUCUUUGAAAAAUCCUGCGGAAAAAUCAAAUCCAACAAAUAUCUUGUUUGGUUUAUUGGGAUUUGGGAUUGGAUCCUAGGGAUUUCUUUAUAGGAAUUCUUAAAUAGAAGCAAAAAUGGUAAUACUCAGUCCCUUUGUAUAUUGGGCGCAAACGUCGAAAAUUAUUUCGUUAAAAAUUGAUUUGCGAAACGCUGAAAAACCAAACAUCGAUGUUAUAGAAAAUAACAUAAAAUUCUCGGCACAAGGUUUUGGUGCUCAUGGAUUUUCCAAUUAUGUAUUCAAUUUGGAUUUAUAUGCUUCGAUCAAAUUAAGCAAAGAUGAACAGAACACAACAGUCAAGGUAUAUGAAAAUCGUAUUGAAGUGGUUUUAGAAAAAAAUGAGGCAGCUUGGUGGCCAAGAUUAACAGCACAACCACAAAAGCCUGCCUGGCUUAAGAUUAAUUUUGACCAAUGGAAAACCGAGGAUGAUGGAGGAAGUGAAGAGGAAACUCGUGAUGUUACGAAGGAUUAUCCGGGGAUGUAUGACAAACUGCAUAAAGAAGAGUUUGGAUAUCGGAAAGAAGAGGUGAAAAAGGUAUACCUCAUAUUAUACAACUUGUUUCAAUUUAUCGGCUUCACAUACGUACUAUGCGUAAUGAUGGUGCGAUUCUUUAAACUGGAAUAUGCAUCCAUAGAGGGCACUUACGAGCAUGUAGGGGGAGCUAUGAAGUUCCUUCAAUUAAUGAUGUUCCUCGAAGUUAUGCACCCGUUAUUUCGAUAUACUAAGGGAAGCCCUCUUGUAGCAUUCUUACAAGUGGGUGGUCGGGCGUUCGUAUUAUUUGCAAUGAUAGACGCGGAACCACGGAUGCAGACGAAACCUGUAGUGUUUUACCUAUUUUGUAUUUGGACCCUGAUUGAGGUUGUCAGGUAUCCCUUUUACAUAGCACAACUUUACAGAAAAGAGAUUUAUCUCCUAACCUGGUUACGUUAUACCUUGUGGAUCCCACUCUAUCCCUUGGGAAUCCUCUGUGAGGCAAUCGUCAUACUAAGAAAUAUCCCCUACUUUGAAGAAAGUGGUAAGUUCACUAUCUCCCUGCCCAAUGAGUGGAACUUUGCUUUCCAUUUGCCUAACUUUCUCAGGGUAUACCUUCUGAUACUAGCCUUUCCCGGUAUGUUCUUUGUUAUGAAACAUAUGCAUAAACUACGUACAGUCAAGCUUAAACCAAAAAUCAUCAUUAAAAAAUGUAAGUAAGAAUUAGUACUCUGUUAAACUGUCAAAAAAAACUCUGUCUGUAGAAGAAAACUAUUUCUGUAUUACAACAUCGAUGGACACGGCCAUGAGUUAAACAUUAAAAUCAAACAAUAAAAAUAGUAAGAAGUAAACAAACAUCAUCAAACAUAUAUCUUAAGAUCUAACAUAAGCAAUGUAACAUUAAUAUGCUUACACACCAUUAGUGUUUAAGCAUAUUAAUUAUUUUAACCAUACAAUGGAUGUAACUAUUGUUUUUAAUUUGUAUUAUAAACAUCCUUAUUGCAGAAUUCCUCUUUUCCUAUAUUAAAAUGAAAUAUUUCCAACUAUUAAUAACUUGAAUCAAGCCAAAACUGUUGUAUUAAAUUUAUUUUAUGAAAAUAUUUUCUCCUAUAACAUUAUUUUUAAUAUCAAUUGUGGGAAGCAAGAAAACCUGCUAAAAUAGAUUAUUUAUUAAAAUUAAAUACCUAACUGCUGUAAAUUAAUUUUCUUUGUUUACAUACAUAUUUUAAUUCUUUGCUAAAAACGUGUUUAGUAAUUCGUAAUUAGUAAGGUUUAAUAGUUUAAGAUGACCUGACCUAAGAUUUUAUAAGUUGUAUUUUUAAAAUAAAGACUAUGUUUUUAAGUUUACUACAGCAUAAUAUUUUGUUUACCUUAACAGAACUGUAAAUACUAAACAAUGUAUUACCUAAAUGAUUUUAUUAACAAGUAGAGUUAAAAAUAAGUAUAUAGGUGUCUGUAAUCUAGUUUUCAUGAAAAUAAGUUGCUAUUACAUUUUAUUAUGGUUUAAUGAAACUUCAGUAGUGUUUGUUUUUAAUAAGUCCAAACGAAUGACUCUGUAGUUAGAGGAUAACACACAAACAAAAAAAAUUUGGUGACUUAUUUUCAAAUACCAAAGACAUUAGCUUAUUACCCUGUGCAUUUUGAUAUAAUAAAGAUUGUUUAGAUUGUAAGGACUUACAAUAUUUGUUCUUCCUCUAAGAAUGACAAAUGGAAUAGAUUAGUUAUUAUUUUAUUUUUGUUACUUUUCUUUUGUUUUAAAAUAAAAAUAUAAAUA